AACUUAUUAAAUAGAUGAUGGUUUGUAUUGAUGCUACUGUUUCACCUUUUCAAACCAUUCAAUGUAAUCCCCAAAUCACAUAUCAGAAGGUUAGUAUCGGGUAACUCUUCCAUCAAACGAGUAAUGGAAUUGACCGUGAGAGGAACGAAAGAAAACUACUUCGUAGAUGCGAAAAUUUUGGGAGUUGGAGACGGGAAUGCUGACUCUUUUCACAUAUUUCCAAGAGUAGUGGUUAACUUUAACGAUCAAACGAAAAAGCCAGUUGGUGCGGCAAUUUUGGACGCUGACCAAGAUGUUUCGACCCUCAAUGAUGUUACAAUCUUACGCAAUUCAGGCUUAGAGAAUACAAAUGAGAUGACAUUCAACGGCGUGAAGUUUUCCAUAUUCGGUCCUGCUGGUUCUGUAUCGAAGAGUCCUAGCGAUUGUUUGGUGACCAUGCUACCUUCAACAAAUGUAAACUUGAAGCUUUCUGUAGGAGUUAUGAGCAUUAACUCUAAGGUGGAUGAAACAGUGUUGCAAUCUCUUCUCUCUUUGGUCGACCUCCACAAGCCGUCAUAUCUUAUACAUGCACUAGGAGUGGACUUCGACUGUCAGUCCUACGAGAACUAUAAAAAUUGGUUCAAGCAGACAGCUGUCAAUCAGCAUUCAUUCCUACAUGAAAAAUACCUCCUUCCUGAAGAUUCUUCUUUGGCCGACGAACUAAAAGUAGUCAAUUCUAUUCCGUUCAAGUGUAAUAUUCUUCCCUUGAAGGUUAACCGAUCUAUCAAUUUAUGUGGAAGCGAAAUAACAACAGCUAACUGGACUUCUAAUUCCUCGCUGGGUAACUUGAAUUUGGAUCCUGUGACAUCAAAAUUGGACCAAAAAAGAUUUUCAAGUACUGGCCAAACUAUGUUUAAAAAAGGCGCGGGUUACGAAAAAAUGAAAAAAGAGUACGAGCAAAGACGAAAAGAUUACAGCGCCGAGAAGAAAAAAGACAUUCAAGAUCGUCGUAAUAAAGUCGCAAAGGCGAAUCAGAAUUCGAGUGUCAAUUCAAUCGGAGGAAUUGAGUUACAUGUUUUGAGCAACGGAAGCCCAGGAGUGGUUCCUGCUGUAGCUUUGACAUGUGGACCCAAGAUGUUUCUUUUCAACGUCGGCGAGGGAACCCAAUUGGCAAUUUUGGAGGGUUCCAAGAGAUUGAAGAAUAUAGACUACGUCUUGGUGGGUUCGAAUGACUAUGAGGCUUUUUCAGGACUGGCGCCGCUCAUGUUAACAUCAGACGGAUCUUGGGGAACUGCGAAGAUAAUCGCAUGUGGGUCGCCCCAGUUGAAAACCCACCUUGAGAGCAACUACAACAUGCUGCGUUUCCUAGAAAAUUGUGAAAUCUCAAACGUUGAAUUCAAAGACAUUUUAACAGAGCCGAUAGUAGACACCGUUCAAAUUGAAGGGCUCAAGAUUUCCAGCAGUGACACUACCAAAAACCACUCCGUUUGUUUCCUAUGUCAUCUACCUGAAAGACCUGGUUCAUUUUCAAUAGAGAAAGCGAAAGAGUUUGGAAUCAAGCCUGGACCCUUAGUUGGACGUAUAAAACGAGGGGAGACUUUGACUUUAGAAGAUGGUUCUGUUGUAAGACCUGAAGAUGUUUUGGAAUCCGCUGUGAACUAUGGUUCGGUUGCUGUCGUGGACAUACAAGAUGACUCUUAUGUUGAUAGUCUCAUCAAAAAUGAGGCUUGGAGUAAGUUGGGUCGGCCGCCAAGCUUGAUUGUUCAUUUCACGCCUCAAGAAGUGGUCGAAAAUGAAGUCUAUCAGCAGUUUGUGAAGAAACUCUCCGGUGGUGCUACAGAUGAAACUAUCCAUUUGUACCUGAACAAUUCACAAUCUGCCGUCUCAUCUAUUGAAGGGAUUUACCACGUGAACUACCUUCUCAACAAAUGUUGUCCUGAAAUUUUCCCUCUCAUUAAAGGAUCAGCCUUGAACAAAUUUGACAUCAAUUUGAACAAGAGCAAUGAAGUUUCAGUUGCAUUUUCGUAUAAUUUAUGGCACCCAAGUGGACAAACGAAAGUAAACAAGGGUUUAGAAUUAACAGAAGCGGCUCUUAUGAGAGCAGACAAAAAGUUUUUUGAAAUUUUCGGAAGCUCGACUAAAGUAUUACAAUAUGACAGAUUAUUUAAUAGCGAUGACUUCAAAGAAUUCAAAAAAAGUGUUGAAAGUUGGCUGAAAAGUAAUUCGACUAAACAAGCCGUUAGUUAUCCAAGAUUGGUCUGCCUUGGCACAUCAUCAGCGGGUCCGAGCAAGUACAGAAACGUAAGCGGAUACUAUAUCGAAUCGUCGAAUAGCAGAAGCUUGAUGCUUGAUUGUGGUGAAAAUAGCUAUGCUCAAAUGGUUCGUCAUUUUGGCCCGGACGAGACAUUAAAAAAGCUGUGUUCAGUUAGCCUAAUUUUUAUUUCGCAUACUCACGCCGAUCACAUUGGAGGCUUGCCUUUGUUUUUGAUCAAACGACAAGAGGCUUUUGAAAGGUUACGCGUAGAAUAUCAACCUUUAGUUCUGUUGUGUCCAACUUACAAACAUUUGCAACAUUUGAAAAAUUUUGAAACAGAAGUUGGAAGAAAGUUUUUUGAUCACGACAAAGAUUUAAUUUUGCUGUGUGAAGAGAACUUCAAAGGUAUCAGAAGGCGUGAAACAGAGUCGAAGUUUGAGAAUAUUCUAGAAUCAAUUGGACUGGCUAGUUUCGACUGUGUUCCAGUGGACCAUAGGACUUUUAAGUCUUUCGGAUGUUCGUUUGUGAAUAAAGAGGGAUUCAAAGUAGCUUAUUCGGGGGAUACUUUGCCAUGUUUGAACAUGGUCAAUGCUGCGUCCAAUGCCGACUUGCUGAUCCACGAAGCAACCCACACAGACGACAAGAAAUACGAAGCACUCUGUGCGAAACACACUACGAUAAGUGAAGCGAUAAAUGUGCACGACAUGGCAUGUGCCAAGUUCACGCUUCUCACACAUUUCACGCACAGAUACUCUAAGUGCAUACCGCUGGAUUUAAAAGAACUGGAAGGUCGAGAUGACAUAGGGAUAGCAUUCGAUCAUCUGGAUGUGACUCCGGAUAAGUAUGAAUUGCUUCCGAAGUUAAUCGAGGGAUACAAAAUGGUGUUCCAGGAUCAUCUUGAGAAGUUCAAGGAAACUGUGAACAUCAGCAGAAGUGAAUCGAACGGAUCGCUGGCCAGUGAAAGUGAAAUGAAGAUAGAGAAGCAAGCUAAAAAGAAAGUGAAACUAGAAACAGAAUCACAAGUUGUUUGAGAUUAAAUCUGAUUUAAAAAUAUAUUUUUGUUUCUCGU